GAGUGGAGCCUAAACUCGGCCAGGACGCAGGUCUAACUUUAGACAAGUUUCUACCUUAAAGGCGCUUUGAGGGAUCAGCUCUCUGCGGAAUACAGUCUUCGUUUAUGGAGGAGCAAACUGUUUAGUGUUCAUCAAAUGGGAAUUACGUGCGCUCGUGAAACUUUGGCUCCCUUUUCUCCGCAGUGAUUGUCAGCUUGUCCGUUUAGCUCUCAACAUGCCGGAGCGAAUCAGUAUUUCGGACUUUGUGGUCCUGACAAACGAGGACUUGUCUUCGCCGGGGACUUCGAGUUUUCAGUCCAAAAUGAGCGACUGUCGGAACACAGUUUCAACCGUGGAUGAGUCUCUGGAGAUGGACCACUCAGCUCUACAGAGGAUGAAGAAGAUGAUCAAAGCUAUACACACCUCUGGACUCUCCCACGUUGACAACAAGGAGCAGUAUGUAGAGGUGCUGGAGAACCUGGGGAAUAGCCACCUGACCCAGGACAACAACGAAGUCUCCACAGGGUUCCUCAACCUGGCUGUGUUUACCAGAGAAGUCACAUCCCUCUUCAAAAAUCUGGUGCAAAACCUCAACAACAUCAUGGCAUUUCCUUUGGAAAAUGUGCUGAAGUCUGAACUCCGGGACAGCAGACUAGAGCUCAAGAAACAGAUGGAGAAGAGUUGGAAGGAGUAUGAUGUGAAAAUAGGGAAGCUAGAGAAGGAGAGGAAGGAGAAGACCAGGCAGCUGGGUCUGAUCAAGGCCGAGGGAUCAGACGGCGGGGAGGACAUGGAGAGAGAGAGACGGACCUUUCAGCUGCAAAUGUGUGAGUAUCUUUUGAAGAUCCAGGAGCUCAAGGUGCGUCAGGGCCCUGAUCUUCUCCAGAGCCUCAUCAAAUAUUUCCAGGCCCAGCUCAGUUUCUUUCAGGACGGACUGAAAGCUGCAGAGAAUCUCACUCCCUUUAUUGAAAAGCUUGCUGCUUCUGUCCACACGGUGCGCGUGGAUCAGGACGAGGAGGUGAAACAUCUCACUCAGUUGAGGGAUUCUCUAAGAUUACUUCUGCAAGUGGAGGGGAAAGAGGAGUAUCUGAACAGGAAGAACUCUGGCAAUGGGUAUAGCAUCCACCAACCACAGGGCAACAAGAAGUAUGGGACAGAGAAAUCUGGCUUCCUGCUCAAGAAGAGUGAUGGGAUCAGGAAGGUUUGGCAGAAGAGGAAGUGUGGAGUGAAAUUUGGCUGCCUGACAAUUUCCCACAGUACGAUCAAUCGACCGCCGGCCAAGUUGAACCUACUGACCUGUCAGGUGCGACCAAACCCAGAGGACAGGAGGACCUUUGACCUGGUCACUCAUAAUCGGACGUACCGUUUCCAGGCAGAAGACGAACAGGAAUGUACGAUUUGGGUGUCAGUGCUGCAGAACAGUAAGGAGGAGGCCCUGAACACAGCAUUGGUAGGCGACCAGCUCCACCUCCAGGACAGCGGGCUCCAGGAACUCUCCCGAGGCAUCAUCGCAGAGCUUCGACACAUGCCCGGCAACGAGGCCUGCACUGACUGUGGAGCACCAGAUCCAACGUGGCUGUCCACCAAUUUGGGCAUCCUGACCUGUAUAGAGUGCUCUGGCAUCCACAGAGAGCUCGGUGUCCACUACUCCAGGAUCCAGUCCCUCACCCUGGACCUACUGAGCACCUCUGAGCUUCUGUUGGCUGUCAGUAUUGGCAACACCAGAUUCAAUGACAUCAUGGAGGCGGGCCUUCCAAAUGACUCUGUUAAACCCUUACCACAAAGUGACAUGAAUGCCAGAAAGGAGUACAUUGUGGCGAAGUACGCUGAGCGUCGGUACGUCCUGCGUAGAGAAGAAGCAGACCCUGGCCGGCUGCAUGACGCUGUGAGGAGUCAUGACCUCACUUCUCUUCUCCAGCUCUACGCUGAGGGAGCCGACGUUUCCAAACCGCUCACCCUGCCCGAUGGACAGGGGAUCAAAGAGACCGCUCUUCAUCUUGCGGUGCGUCAGGAGGAAAGAAGCUCUCUGGCACUUGUGGAUUUCCUCUGCCAGAAUAGCAACUGCCUGGAGAAGCGAACAGCGGAAGGAAACACAGCUCUUCACUACAGCGUCCUGCAUCACAAACCCGAGUCUCUCAAGUUACUGCUCAAAGCAAAGGCCGCCCUACACACAGUGAACUCUGCAGGAGAAACGGCCCUUGAUAUUGCACGGAAGCUGCAGCAUGCACAGUGUGUCGAGCUGUUGGAGCUGGCCCAGAGUGGAAAGUUUAACUCUCAGAUCCAUGUGGAUUUCAUGUGGGAGACACAGUCUCAGGAGUUUUAUGAUAGCGAGGAUGACCUGGAUGAGAGGGUGAGUCCAUUACCCAAAAAUCGCUCUCCUCUAGCCUCAAAUGGAGGUGGUGGAAAUUCCUUUGCCCGCUGGAGCAUGGGUAAUGGUGCCAGCAGUCAGGCUGGAAGCCGGCCAUGUCAGACAUAUGAGAAUCUAGACUUUCUAUACAAAAAUCCUCCAGCCAACAGCGCCCCCUCUGGAACAUCGAUGCCUCCACCACUGCCAGCUAAAUCCAUCCUGAGAGGUCGCUCAGACCCCCAGAUUUCCAUUACAACAAAGGAUGGCAACCCGCUACUACGACGACGCUCUAACCCUGCCUCCAACUCCUCCAGUCCCCAGACACAGGCGAGGCAUGGGCCCCCUUCACCCAACACAGAACACCAAGGCCAAGGGGCGAGACCACCAAGGUCUCCCCAAGGACAGGGAGCUCAAAGCAGUGUCACGCCAACAUCCUCUCCGAGUUACAUUGGGCCUGUCAGUUCAGAGAAGACCACAUCAUAUCGUCGGACCAGCGGUGCAGGAGGCAACCAAGGGAAAUGUGGUCUGUUGUCUCCAAGUUGUGUGGGCAGCCAGGAGGAGCUUUACUGCAGCUUAGCGGGUAACAGUCCAGGCUUCAGCCCAGCUCCUGCUCCAGCACCACCACCCUCACCUACAGUGACUUGUGUCCCACGGCCCCGCAAGAAUGCGAUGGUUUCUGGCAGCAGGCCACAUCAGAAGCGUGUCAAGGCUUUAGUGGACUGCAGAGCAGUCAGUGCUGAGCAGCUUGCCUUUUUCAAAGAUGAGAUCAUUGUGGUCACCGCCACUAAUGACCCCCACUGGUGGGUUGGUAACAUAGAGGGGGACCCAUCCAGGAUUGGGACCUUUCCUGUCAACUAUGUACACAAAUUAACAGACUGAAGGGACAGGGACAUAUGAAACUACUGUGUGGCAACAUAACAGAAACUGAACCAGCAUGGGAUGCUUACUGGAAACCUAUUUUCAUCACACAGCGGAUUUUAUCUACAGAGUGGAUCUCUACCUGAGAAUAUUUCCACAUGAGGAUAUACAAGAUACCUCUGGAUAAAUGGCACUGUUUUAGGAAUUUAUAACUUUUUAAACAUAUACUCAUUCUGGAAACCAACAAGGGAAGGGUUGGCCUCUUCUUAUUUUUUAAUUACAGAUAUCUAAAACCAUGAAUCACUAUUAAGAGGUACGAUGGCAUUUGUGGUUGGUGUAGAAACUGCUCUAUUACUUCCAUUUAACUAGUAAUUAUACAUCAUGUUGCAGAUGUUUAAGUUGUCUAUACUGAUCUAGGAUUUGUAACUUGAGGCCAAACUUACCUGCCGGGCAACACCCUUUAAGGCACUUUAAACUCAUUGAGAAAAAAUUCUUCUGAAGAGUUGUCAGCAUUUUUAAUGUAAAUAGUUAGAAAGCCCUCUCUUAAAUAAUAGUAUACCAAGACUUGGAUUUGAGGUUUGAACCUGCCCAGUGUGUGUUGCAGCCUGCCCUGGGACUCUAAAAGUGGCCUUGUGCCUGCCAGUCUGUCUCCAACAAAACGGCAGGCGCCUGGGCAGAGAUCUGAAACUCUAGCUCAGCCAUCUCGACUCUGGGCACAGCUCCCUGCCUGCAAGGAGAGUGGAGGAUCCAGUUUCUUCUGGCUCCCGGCAUCUGUCUCCAGAGAACCUGAAAUAACAACAGCGUGUUUCAGAAAAUCAAAAGACUCUCUGCAGAAAUGGCACUCAAAGAGAGCUUGUUAGCAGCUGCACCCCACUGCAGUCAUUUGUUCUCACACACUCACACUCACACACACACACACACACACACACACACACACACACACACACACACACACACACACACACACACACACACACACACACACACACACACACACACACACACACACACACACACACACACACACACACACACACACACACAGACUGUGGACACAUGUGCAUCACAUACAGUAUACAGGACACAAGCACACUUGCACUUCCAUUACACACAGUGUAGAUUUAGGAACCUUUAAGGAAGAAUGGAGAGCUGGGGGAGAGAUGAAACUGCUCCACUUUUUAUAUUAGUGACACAUGUAACACAUUUCAGUUAUUACACAUAAUUUGUUGUACAAACUUGUAUAUAAAUGUCCAUUGAUGUACAGUAUAUAUCACCUGUUUUCUCAGCUGUUAUGCAUUAUAAAGGAUUAUAUUAUUAGUGUUACUCCAUGUUAAUGGUAAUUUGAUGUCCUCUAAAUCUAGUGUCAUGUGUUCUGUUUCAUUAGUUGUCUAAAUGGCUGUCGGAGAGAAACAAGCAGGGAAUAGACACAGUUGCAUCCUCAGUGUUCAGAGAGGAUCCGGCUGCAGGUACAGUGUGUAGCAUUUAAGGCGAUCUAGUGGCAGAAAUGGAAUAUACUAUUAAGUAUGUUUUCUUUACUUUAUCACCUGAACAUUCUAAUCCUAUUUUUGUCAGUCGUUAAUCUACAUUCGGGGUCCUCUACACAGGCCCAGCUGCCAUGUUUCUACGGUAGCCCAGACUGGACAAACACUGGCUCUAGAAAGGGCCAUUAGUGUUUUUGUGUUGGCCAGCUACACGGUUGGCACACUGGAGACAUUACAGUUGGUUGUAAUCUCCAACCUCAGCGCUAGAUGCCACCAAAUGCUACAAACAAGUCUGUUUCCUUGUCUCUCUUUCUGCCUCUGUUGCCUUGCUAUAGUGUAACGUAUUAAGCAAACAGGAGACCGGCAUAUUAUCAGAUAAAUGCAAAGCAGGACUUGACUGCAUUAAAGUACAACUGUGGGAACUCUUGUCAAUUGUAAACAAUACUACAGUCUAUUUGUAAAUACACAUAAAACAUGUUUUAAUAAAGUGCCAUACAGUCUUAUAGUGU